AUGGAGAGCAGCAAGGAGGAGAUACAGGUGCGACCCAUGUCAAAGGGCCUUGGAGGUCUUAAAGUUAGCGGGGGCCGUAGGUCGGUGGAGAAUGUGUUGCCAGUUGAGGAAGAGAGAGUAAUCGAUCCAUCUUUAGCAGAUGAUGUUGAUGUCAAUGAUGACUUUGGUUGGCUUGCAAAGAGGACAAAUAAGAAGGUCACAUCAAUUAUUGAACAGCAACAACUACAACAACAACAAAGACAACAAAAAGAUGAACAAGAGUUGGAGAAUGAUAAGGAAGAAGAUGGAGUGGUAGUGGACGAUGAGUUAAGGUUGGAGCUUGAAAAGGUCAGGAAGGAAUGGGAGAGUGAUGCACCGGUCGAUGGAUCAAACCUGUCGUUCACAACAUUGGUUAGAGCAGCGGGAAAGUUGACAAACUCUCAAGACAUACAUAACUAUAUCAAGAAUAGACUGGCAAGAUACAAGGGCGAGAUAGAGUUGGAGCAUUGUCAUCAGUUGAUGCGAGAGUUCAUCACGCGUGGCAACAAAGUGGUCGUCGUAGAGCAUCUGUUCAACAUGCUGGCCAACACCCGUGACUUGACUGUCGAGCGAAUGAACCUUGAGGUGUCGGACCCGGGCCUGGCUGCCACCGACGACCCCGACGCCAUCGUCGUCAAGUUGGUGCGACCCACUCGCGAAACAUACAAUCUGUUGAUGGAGUCACAUAGUGUCGAUGGUGCUGUCGACAAGUGUCUGGCGCUGCUCGAUCUCAUGCAGGCAAAGUAUGUUGUGCCGGACGAGCGCACCUACCUCCACGUCAUCAAUGCAUACACUGGUAACAACCGAGCGGAUGAAGCUACAGGCUAUCUCAACCAUCAUAUCAUCAAGCGUGGACUGAUCAAGAGUGAGGACAACUUGGUCGCGGGCAUCAACUCAAUCAUCUAUUGUUACGCUCGCGCUGGCAACUUGGAGCGUGUGGACGGCAUGCUCAAAUUCAUGGCGGACCAUCGCCUGCGGCCGAAUCACUUCACAUUCCAGCACAUGGUCGAGGCGCACAUCAAGCGCGAAGACCUGUCCUCUGCUGUCCGUCUGCUACGCCAGCUGGACCAAGCCGACGACAUUGCCACCACAACAUACUCACUGCAUCAGGUGAUCGAGGCAUUGAGCCGCGAGUCAUUGUUGGAGCAGCGCGGCGACCUUGUUGCCUCGCGUCAAUGGUCACCAAACAUCAACACGUACAACGUGCUUGUCGAGGCAUGCAGUCGAUGCAACAAUGUUGAGCGUGCAUUCGAGGUGUUCAACGAGCUACGCCAAGCAGGUCUCGAGCCCAGCAUCGAGAUCUACUCCAGUCUCGAGGCUCUCUCAUUCAAGAAUGGACGCAUCGACCUCUACAACCAAGUAUGUGGCGACACCUUCCACAUCAAAAAGAGGAAGAACCUGGAAGAUGAACUUGAUUAA